CCCACUGUCAGCCUCCGCCUCCAUCCCUCGCCUCCACCCUUCCUCCAAUGCUGACUCUCUUCGCACACGGCUGCGACCCGACAAGGCACUCGGCCACGUUCGAUGCCGCCACGCCGCUUCUCGAGGCGGCUUUUGAAAUCGCACGGACCGGGACUGGAGGCCCGUUCGAGCUCGGCUUCUCGUCAAACAUGUCGGCGGCCGGAGCGAACCCGUCGUCGCUGUACGCACAGGCGCUCCUCGGGCCGUGGGGAGAGGGCGACACGCACUCUCGGAAACAUUACAUGCGGGACGGGCAGUAUGCGUUGAAGUCCCGCGACGCGGUGGUUUCGAUGCUCUGCACUCCGCCGGAGCGGGAGUCCACCUACUUUUCGUGGGAAACGUACGUGUCGGAGCGGCUCUCGUGGCCAGUGAUGGAGUGGAACCAAGGGCAGGGCGCGCCGAUCAGCACGUUGAUCAAUGCGGCGACACUAACGUCGGACCACCGGAAAGCUGGGGACACCGGCUUCUCUCCCUUCAACCGGAGCCUGAUCUUGGUCACGACGGCGGACGCCGCCACCGCCGCAGCGGUUGCCUCCGCCAUGGAGCGCGUUGCGCCCGCGCAGACGGAUGUCCGCGUCGUCACGCUGAACGGCACGAACACCACCCUCCACUUUGCGCGCGGUUCUCCCUUCGAGCCGCUCGUCGAACGGCCCGACCUCUUUCAGUCGCUGCUGCGUGUGCACGUGCGCGACACGAACGCGCGGGCGGUGCGCGAGUACGUCGCGAAUCGUUUCCCCGUGAUGCGCGUCUCGCCUCGUGCCGCUGCUCUGUUCCGCCCGUUGCCGCCGGCCACGGAGCCGCGCGCGGCGACGGGCCUUGGCAACGAGGCCGGCAUGGCGGCCCCACUGGUGGAGCUGCGCGCCGCAGUCGUUCGAAUGGCUGCCGCCGCCAACCUCACGCUGGCGGCCGAGGUCGGCUUCACCGCGGUCGAGCUCGACAAGUGGCGAUGCCUCACCGACCCACGCUACGCGCCGUGGCGGCUGCACCCCCGCGGCGGCUGCCUCGGCACCGUCUCCGACGCGCGCUACUCCCUCUCCGACCGCAACCUGCCGGUGAGUGCCGCGACGCCGCUCGUCGUGGCGAUCGGCGUGGACCACGUCGCGAUGGGCAACGCCGCCUCCGCAGACCUGCUCGCAGGCACCGCCGUCGCCGUCACGCCGGAGCGGCUCCGCGGCUCCGCCAGCCACUUCCUCGGUCGAGCCGAGCCGCGCCUCUUCGCCUUCGCCUUCGCACUCGACUGCAAGGCCCCCGCCGCCGCCGCCGCGCAGCCGUACUGCUUGCGCCCGCCGCGCGAGCUGCUCGAAGGCGCCUACGGAGCUCUCGCUGCGGCACCCGAAGGCACGCCUUUCGUCCUGUGGGCAUGUGCGCUGCGGUACGAAGCGUACAUGGACCCGGCGACCGGCACGCGCCCCUCCAUUGGACUGGUGCAGCCCACGGCGCUGGCGUUCGUGCCCGCCGCCCGCGCCGCGACCGGAACGGCAUACUGAGGUCUCCAUGCCGCGCUGGCGUUCGUGCCCAAGCACUAGCUGAGGUAUCCAUAUGCCUCGCGCGAGUAAUUCGGCACAGGCGAGCAGGUCAAACAAAUAAACAACCCUUUUCCUGGCAAGCUAGGAUUAUAACUUAAGAUGUUCACGCCCCC